AUGUCAAAAAUGGCGGCCAAGUCAAAGAAGCGGCUGUCUAAAAUAGAAAAUAAAUUAUUAAAAUUAGAAAAAUUAGAACUUAAUGAUGUUAUUUGUUCAAUUUGUCAAUCUAUUUUAAUAGAACCAGUAACUUUACCAUGCAAUCAUGAUUUUUGUCAAAGUUGUUUUAAUAGAAGUAUUGAAAAUAAUGCUUUGUGUUGUCCUCUAUGUCGACUACGAAUAGGUUCUUGGUUACGAACAGCGACAAAACAAAAGAAUUUAGUAAACAGUCAGCUAUGGAAUUUUAUGAAAACCAAAUUUAUUGAGCAGAUUGAUAAAAAAUUAAAAGGAGAAGAUAUUAAUAUAUCACCAGAAACAUUAUUACCUAGAAUAUGUGAACCAGGAGAAAUUCGAUCUGAAUAUGAAGCUGAGCUUAAAAGGUUAAGAGUAGAGCGCUUGCGGCUUGAACAACAGGAAUUCAAUAAAACAGAGCUUCUCAUCAAAAAACUUAAAGAUGAAGAAGAAGAAGCCCACAAGAGAUAUUUAGAGAACAUAAAACAAGAUGAAAUUUUGGCUAAAAAGUUACAACAAGAAAGUGCAAAAACAACAACAGUGUAUAAAUCUCCAAAACGUAGAACUAUAACAGUUUCCUUAACCAAACCUCGAUUAAGACCAACAACUAUAGACAGUUAUUUAAAGAAAUCUUCAGUACAAGCAACUAUUGUUAAUAAUAGCCCACAUUUGACUGAAGACAAUACCAGUACAGAUAUAUCAACACCAAUAGGAUCAAACAAAUCAAACAGCAGACUUUCACCAGAAAUGCUUCCAAGCUAUGGGAAACUUUUAAAAAAUUUCUUAGAUAAAAAAAUUAAAAGUGGAACUAAAAUGUGGAAUAAAGAAAAUGGCAAAAGCCUUCAAGAAGAGAAAAAAGAACAACAGGUCAUAGAUAAUAGCCAAGAUACUACUGAUGAAAAAAAUGUUGUAAAAACAAAAAUUGGCAUACAAUCAUUACUUGUCUCGUUGCCACUUCCCCAUUCAGGAAUACUGCAUAAAACCAGUAUGCCAGAAACUCGUAACAUAGAAACAAGUAGUGUGGAUUCAAUGCAACAAGAGUUAUGCUACUUUAAACCAAUUGAGGGAACAACACCUACUAGUUUUAAAACAAUAAAGGGUCUCCCAUUGCGAGUACCUUGUAUACGAGCAGAAAAAAAUAAUGAUACACCACUCAAUGAAACUCCACCGAGCCGUGAUCAAUAUAUUGAUGGAUUAUGUAGACUUCGGAAUUUGUCGUUGGCACAAAACAUGCCCUCAGCUUUUGUUAUUGUGCUUGGGUUACUCAAAGCUAAAAAGCAUAGUUUGAAAAAAUGCUCUACCUACACACGUACGAGGGGUAAAAAAAGUUCUUCUAUAAACUUAAAUCCCCAAGAACUCCCUCUACCUUCCAAACGACCGAACAAGAGUAAACGAGUAGAAGUCGAUGGUAUUACAAAACUUAAUGAUAACACAACAACUUUAAGACGCACCAGAUCAAUGGGAAGCAUUUCUAAGGAUGAUAAUGAAGUGACACCUAAGAAAAAAUUUAGAGACAGAAAAUUUAAUUCAGAUAGGAAACCAUAUUUAAGGAGUGAUUCUAAAAGAAUGCAUCUUAACAUGGAUUCAUAUAGUCCACCGUCUUUGAGCGAAUCAAUAAAUAAUAAUAAGGUCGAUUUAGCUGUAAAAAAUUUAUCUAGUCCGUUAGAAAAUUGUGACGUCAAGAGCAUUUUACGAGAACAGCUUCGAAUCGAGAAAAUUAUUGAGCAGGAAAAGAAUGACUUGGAACUGGCUCUGAAGAUUGACGCAGAGUGGAACGGACGCCGCCAGCCGCGCCGCGCCGCCGCCAAGCGCCCGCUCGGCCUCGCCUAUGCUCUGCGCCCCGCCAAGAAACUCAAAGUUUAGGGCACACUCGCUACCUCAGUAAAGGUCAUGUUAUUAUUAUUCUUAUUUUAAAUUUCUAUUCGAAUGAAAAUCGUGCCAACGAGAAAUAUAUUGCUGACUAUAAGAUUAUAUCAUUUUCGUACUGCCAUAAUUUUUUUAAAUGUACUUAAAGUUACUGUCAUGUAUGAAAGUAAUCCAAUAAUAAAUAGGACGUAGAACCAUUUCAUAGUACAGGGUAUGUUUAUUAAAAUUCAUUAUAUAACCUGAUAUGAAGUUAAGCUCACACGGAGUAUCAAUAUUAUUAGUGGAGAUUGAUUCUUAUUGGCACGGUUUUUAGAAUUACAAAUUCAUUUCUUUAUUUGAACUUUACUUAAAGAAGUGAAUAACUAAAUUUUUAAGUAUAGUGAUUGAUUUAAAAUAAUUUAUUCUCAACUGCAAAUUACCCACCUCGAUUAUUUACAACCCAAGAGUAAUUCGUAUAUUUAAAUACAUAAUUAACAAUUAUUUUCUUAGUACAUUUUAAUAUUACAUUUUAUUCAAUUUCGUUAAAUCUUGUCUUCCGAGCCAUACUAAAAUAGAAAAAAUAUCUUUAAAAAAGAUUCAACAUUGUUUUACAACAUUCACAACUAAAUUAUUGAUUAUACUUAUAUUAUAGGAGGAGACUGCUUUAAUUCAUUGUAAAAAGUUGUAUAAUGUUUUUUACAAAAAAAAAAUAUGAAAAAAAUAGCAUUCUAUAAAAAAUAGGCCAGAUGAUGGGUCGGGGUUAAAGAGGUCGACAUAUAUCGGCUCUUUAGUUUUCUCCUCUCCAGAUAACCGGAACAUCCGCCAGUUUGGCAAAAAAAGUAACAAAGAUAUUAUUAUCAUAUUUAACUAAUAUCAGUUUUCUGAACUGUUCUACGAUAAAAAAAAGUACAAAAUAAAUUAUAUAAAAUUUCAUGCUUAAAUAGGAAAUGUCCAGUAUUAUAUGCGAUUGUAUUGUUUCUUCUAAAUUUGCAUACCUAUACUCACGAAAUCGUGUAGUUAUACUUCUAGAACAAAUAUGGGAUAAAAUUAUUAUUCAGCAUAUGAAACUCUAGUUAACUUUUAGAAUAUCGGCUGUUAGUCUGUAAAUUAACGAAAAAAAACCAUACGCUACGUUAAGAAUCUUUGAAAAUCUUUUUUGUCGCUGCUACAAUCAGAGCAAAAAAAAUUUUUUUUUUUUUAAAAAAACAAUUAAUAUAUUUUUUUAUUUUUUAUUUUGUCAUCAUUGCCUCUGAUCUGGGUGUUGGAGAGGAGUAGAAUUAAAAAAAUAUCUUUCCGAUUUAAAGCAGACCUGAAACCGACAGCUGACCUAAAAAGAAGAAACUUAAUAGUAUAGAUAGGUAUUGUCAAUUUAAUCUGUGUUAGUUACGAAUAAGAUUCAUUCACACUGGCUUUACUUUUCUAAGCCUGUACUCAGCAAAUAUAUUACUAUGUUUGUAUUUAUUAUUAAUCGAUCGCCAUCUUAAAUCACCAUCACUAGGUUUUGUCUUUUUUUAAUUAUUUAUUUUUUGCUAUUUUGAUAAAUAUUUAUUAAAAGCACCAUCUGAAGCAUUUUUUUAAUAUGUAUGCAGAUGAACACUAUGAGUUUAUAUGAGUUUCGAGUUUGACUAUGGAACUUGAUAAAAGUGAUAAAAUAAUAAUUAUUAUGUUCUUAUAAAAAACAAGAAUAAAUAGUUAAAUUAAGAUAAAACAAUUCAACAAUCUUAUAAGACUGGUUGAUACGUUUGAUAAUAGAUUGUAAAAUAUGAUGUAGACUAUAUUAUCAAGUGUACUUUCUUAAAAUAGUUAAGAGGAAAUAGUUGCAUGAGUUAACAAAAACGUUCUGAGCAGUAAAUUGAUUAAUGUAACGGUGAAACAUUUGAUAAAUUAUAUGGUACUUUUGGUAAAAAAAAAAAAUUGUUUAUGUUCUAAAUUUGUAAAGAUAUUUAAAUGAAUAUUGUUGAUAAACCCGUAGCUGCUGAUGAUGGUGAUCAUUUUAGAAUUAAUACGAAUUCCAGAGCUGUCAAAGUCAAUUCUAAUAUAAAAUUUUAGAUGAUCACUCUUAAAUCUUUAAAAUAUCCUUGAUGACCGUAAAUUCUUCGUAAAUACAAUUUGAAUAUUUUCAGUUAAAUUGUAACAAAAUAUUUCCUCAUAUUAUUAUGCAUUGUGUCAGUACAUGUUUUUUUGGUUUUGCCUAUGUUUGUUUUUUUUUAUACAAUUUUGAAUUAGGAAUAUGUAUUCCUAAUUCAAAAUUCAAGACAAUAUGCAGUGCAUUUCAAUGUAUAGUAACAUAAUAUUUCCCAAUAAUUUGCAUGCAAGCAAUUAACUGAUUUAAAAAUUACGAGGUGUUUUUAACGUGUAAUUGAAGUACAACUUCGUAGGUUUUGACGAGUUGGUGAAGCGACAUGAUAAGAAUUUGUUACUCGAGCGAUUCCGAUCCGAUUUUCACGACAUUUAUAUAGGGUGCUUCUCGUGUUCGAGUUGUUUAACUUUAUCCGAUUUUGUAUACCAAUAUUCGAUAAAAAUAAAAUAGCAUAAUAAUCAAUAAGCAAUUUGACAAAAAACGCAUAUAAACGGGUAUUCAAAUUAGACUUAUAGUUAAAUAAACAAAAAUAUAAACGUUUAUCAAUAAAACACUUAUGUGGACAAUAAUUUUGUUUACAAUUAGGUUCUAGGUAAUAUAAUUUUACACA